CGAAAAGAAAAGGCCGACAGACGUUCAAAACCAAACCAGAAAAAUGCCCAAUUUUGCCGGCACCUGGAAAAUGAAAAGCAGCGAGAAUUUUGAAGACCUGCUCAAAGCGCUGGGUGUAAACGCCAUGCUGAGGAAGGUAGCGAUGGCGGCCGCGUCCAAGCCCCACGUGGAGAUAAGGCAGAACGACGAGCACUUCUACAUCAAGACCUCUACCACGGUCCGCACCACGGAGAUCAACUUCCUCAUUGGAGAGGAGUUUAACGAGGAGACGGUCGAUGGCAGAAAGUGUAAGAGUUUGGCCACUUGGGAAACAGAAAACAAGAUUUACUGCAAACAGACUCUACUGAGCGGGAACGGCCCGAAGACCUUCUGGACCCGAGAACUCAACGGGGAAGAACUCGUACUGACCUUCGGAGCCGAUGACGUGGUGUGCACGCGGAUCUACGUACGAGCGUAGAAGACCACGAGUUCAAAUUCCCUCCGACAAAAUAAUGUUUCAGUGUCAGAACAUUCAUCGCAAGAAAUUUCACGUAAAAAAACACAUCAAAUUAUUUGGUUUGAAUUUGAAAAAAAGAAAAAAAUUAAUCACAAUUUCAGAUGGUUAUUACCUUUUUUUGUACAUAAAUUGGAAAUAAAACGAUCAAAU